CGGAGAUCAAUCCUUGGAUUCCGAUAAGUGAGAACGACAUUUUCCACAGAGAGAGAGAGAGUGAGAGAGAGAGAGAGUUCCAGGGAGAGAAAAACAGUUCCUCACACCUACCAAUAAAAGCCGAACCCACUUCAUUCAAAAAUUUCCACACAGAUCCACAAUUCACCCCACCCUUCACGGGCCCAACCAAACAACCGCCACCAUGAACCGCUCCCCCAGCACCCGAGCCUCCGACCACCCCGCCUCCGCCGUCGAAAACGGCGCCGCUCGCACCGACCCCGAGAACAACAACCACAACAACAAGAAACUAGACGACGACGAACAAGAACAAGAACUGGACGAGACGAAGAUGUCGACGGAGCGUAUAUUCGAGUCGAAGGAGGUGCCGCCGUGGCGGAGCCAGCUGACGGUCAGGGCGUUCGCGGUGAGCUUCUUGCUGGGAGUGCUCUUCACGUUUAUCGUGAUGAAGCUGAAUCUGACGACGGGGAUUAUUCCGUCGCUCAACGUGUCGGCCGGUCUGCUGGGGUUCUUCUUCGUCAAGACCUGGACGAAGUUUCUGGAGAAAUCGGGGCUGCUUAACCAGCCCUUCACGCGGCAGGAGAAUACCGUGAUUCAGACCUGCGUCGUUGCUUCUUCCGGCAUCGCCUUCAGCGGAGGCUUUGGGAGUUACCUUUUUGGCAUGAGUGAAGUCGUUGCCAAACAGGCAACUGAAGCUAAUGAUGCCCAGAAUAUAAAGAACCCAGCGUUGGGAUGGAUGAUUGGAUUUCUUUUUGUUGUUAGCUUCCUUGGACUUUUUUCUGUAGUACCUCUUAGAAAGAUAAUGAUCAUAGACUUCAAACUGAUUUAUCCUAGUGGCACUGCAACUGCUCACCUUAUAAACAGCUUCCAUACUCCUAAAGGAGCCAAGCUAGCAAAGAAACAAGUCAGAGCUCUAGGAAAGUUCUUCUCAUUCAGCUUCUUGUGGGGCUUCUUCCAGUGGUUCUUCACUGCUGGGGAUAGUUGUGGAUUUGUGAACUUCCCUACAUUUGGUCUCAAAGCAUAUGAAAACAGGUUUUACUUUGAUUUCUCAGCAACUUAUGUGGGUGUUGGGAUGAUAUGUCCGCAUCUAAUCAAUGUAUCUUUGCUGGUUGGAGGCAUCCUCUCAUGGGGUAUAAUGUGGCCACUUAUACAAGACAGAAAGGGCCAUUGGUACCCUGCAGACUCUACUGCAAGCAGCCUCCAUGGCAUUCAAGGUUACAGGGUCUUUAUAGGAAUAGCCAUGAUCCUUGGUGACGGGCUCUACAACUUUGCCAAAGUGCUUGGUCACACUGUAUUCGGUUUGUAUCGCCAAUUUACCAAGAAAGAUGUCGGAAGUGUCCUCCCAGUUGGCUCUCACUCCCCCACACCGGAUUCUUCCAUCUCUUAUGAUGACCAGCGCAGGACCCAACUAUUUAUCAAAGACGAAAUCCCAACUUGUUUUGCAGUUGUUGGGUAUGUCGGUAUAGCAAUUAUAUCUUCUGCAACACUUCCACAUAUUUUCCCAACCCUCAAAUGGUACUAUAUCGUGGUUAUUUACAUCUUUGCCCCUACACUAGCCUUCUGCAAUGCUUAUGGAUGUGGGCUCACCGACUGGUCCUUGGCAUCCACCUAUGGAAAGUUAGCAAUUUUCACAAUUGGGGCAUGGGCAGGAGCCUCUCACGGUGGAGUCCUCGCCGGUUUAGCUGCUUGUGGGGUCAUGAUGAAUAUCGUCUCGACUGCAUCAGAUCUAAUGCAGGACUUCAAAACUGGGUACAUGACCAUGUCUUCACCGCGGUCUAUGUUUGUGAGCCAAGUCAUUGGAACCGCUAUGGGUUGUGUUAUUUCUCCUUGUGUGUUUUGGCUCUUCUACAAGGCUUUCGAUGAUUUUGGGGUCUCUGGCUCGCAGUACCCCGCCCCUUACGCUACUGUCUAUAGGAACAUGUCAAUCCUUGGGGUUGAAGGGUUCUCAGCUUUGCCAAAGCACUGCCUCACUCUUUGCUACAUUUUCUUCUUCGCAGCUGUUGUUAUCAAUGGUAUCAGAGAUGCUGUGGGAAAGGACAUAGCAAAGUAUAUCCCUAUUCCUAUGGCUAUGGCAAUACCCUUUUAUCUGGGAUCCUACUUUGCUAUUGAUAUGUGUCUUGGGAGCUUGAUACUGUUCAUCUGGACGAAGAUAAACAAGGCCAAGGCAGAUGCAUUUGGACCUGCCGUGGCUUCUGGUUUGAUCUGCGGGGACGGGAUAUGGACUUUGCCUAGUUCGAUUCUAGCUUUGGCGGGUAUCAAACCACCUAUAUGCAUGAAGUUUCUGGCAAGGGCGACAAACGCGAAGGUUGAUACUUUCUUGGGUUCUUAAGGCUUCCCAACUUGCUCUUAGAUUCCACUUCUUUAUCACUCGUCUCCUCUUUUAGUAUGGCUGUUGUGUAUCCACCUAAAGUCGGUAUAAUGUGUUCGUCUAUGAUGCACUUCCUAUUUCCAUUCCCGCAAAUGGUUUGUAUGAUUUGCUCAUGAAAGUUCUGUUAGAUCUUUCUGUUAAGUGCAAAGUAAAUUUGCCAUCAGUGAGGGACAACUAGAUUGAUUACAACCACUUGUACUGGCUUAGUGUGCUGUAUAUAAAUAUUUUUACCAGUGGCA